GUCGUCCGACAGACUAAACAGUGCAUACGAACACAAUACAAAAUGUUUCGACAAAAAUGUAAUUCUCUUAUUAUUUCAUCAUUUAAAUUGACUUGUAGUGACUGAAGUGCAAACUGUCUUCAAAUAAAGGAAAGUGAUUUGUUCACGCGGAUUAUUUUAUUUAAAUGUAUAGUGCAUUGCACGAUGGGCAGGACUGUAUCAUUAGAGCCCACUCGGUGAAAAUUUUGUUGAAGUGACACUAUAUGAAAUAACGUAAUUAAUUAGAUAUAUAAUAUUUAUUUUGUUAUGUUGUUUAAUCUACUUCCAUUUUGAUACUCGUUAGUCUUACGAAGAGCUGCAUAUUUUCAUUAACAAUGAAAAAAGCGUCAAUGAAUGCGCUAAUUAUCUUCGCGUUCUUUAUCUUCGCGAGUCAGAUGUUGCAUAUUUUCGGAAAAGUUACCGUAUUGCGUGGAUCGUUAUUUUCGUACAAUCCCAGCAAAGUAAAAUUGAUAUGCCUCUCAGAGGAUGAUGGCGGAGCUCUUGUGUGGAACUACAAUUUAAUCUGGCAAUAUUAUAAUGCAGAAGAAAACGAUUUUAAGUUUCAGGAUUUAAAUAAAUUCACAAAUAAUGAGAUAGAUUGCAAAAUGAACGCAAACGAAAAUUGCUUGGAGUCAUGGACUAAAAACAACUGGAGUCUUACAAAUUCUUUUAAAACACCUAUGGGUCCGGUAUUCGAUCAACGAUGGGAAGAAUUUAAACAAUAUAACACUCUUCAAGAUACCUAUAAUGAUGUAAAUUUUGAUUUAACUACCGAUGUAAAGGUCUCAUUUUCGGUUCGUGUAUCCCGCGAUGUACACAUAAUAAUUUGCAACGGCAAAAAUUAUGACAGAGAUCCUUGCUAUUGGAUUAUAAUAGGAGGUUGGGGCAACACAAAGUCCGUCAUACGAAAAUGUGUGAAGGGAGUGCCAAUACCUGGAGAAUAUCCCAAAAAAGGUUCAGAUUGCGUUAAAGCACUAGACUGCAUCGAGGUAAAUAGAUAUACAUUAUGCUUCUCCUAUAAUUUAAAGCAUCGUUUCUACAUAUUACGUAUAGUAAAAACGUAAAUGAUUAAUUAA